AUGAAAGAUAAGAUUGGAUAUAUGCCAAGUUAUCGAAAGAUCUGGAAGGCUAGGCACGAUGUAAUUAUUAAGAUAUUUGGUGAUUGGGAGGAAUCUUACGGAAGGUUGCGACAAUUGAUGCUUGCUUUGUGCAAACAGAACCCUGAAAGUAUGUUCUUCAUUGAAGAUGAUCCUUUUUUGGUUAAUAAUAGAUUAGAUCCUGCUUAUCAGGUUUUCGAUAGAAUGUUUUGGGCAUAUAAACAAACAAUAGAAGGAUUCAAGAAUUAUCGACCGGUUAUAUUCAUAGACUCAACUUUUUUAUAUGGGAAGUACAAAGGAUGUUUAUUUUGUGCAACAACACUUGAUGAUCGUAAAGGAAUAUGUGUUAUAUCAGAUAGACAUAUUGCCAUAAAAAAGGCAAUGAAUCAAGAUUGGUGGCAGCCCCCUGAUGGGCAUCAUCGAUACUGCUUAAGACAUAUCCUCAGCAAUUACAACACAAAGUUUAAGAAUACUAAUAUGAAAGAAGCUCUCCGAAAGCAAAACAAUUGGAAAAAAAAAAUUUAUGAGGCCAUGAACACAAUCAAGAAUGAGCAUCCUGACACAUUUGAAUGGGCUACAAAGAUACCUUUGGAAAAAUGGACACGUUCUUAUGAUGGAUGGAAACGUUAUGGCUCCAUGACAACUAAUACUGUUGAGUUUGUUAAUGGAAUACUCAAAGGGAUCCGUGCUUUACCAAUAACUGCAAUGGUAGAAAAAAUAUUUUUCCAGUGUGUUGAUUAUUUUGACACACGCUGCACGACCCUCCGUGAGCAACUGCAAAUGGGCUUCAAAUUUACACCAGCAUGUCGUCAAAUAUUACUUGACAAUUUAAAUGAAGCAAACUCAUAUCUUUAA